AAACUCUGCUCAGUAAUUUUUUGGGGACGUGUAUGUGCCGUAUGAUCGAAGUGCCCCCCGAGCACAAGAUGAAGCAUUGACUCUAUCCUGAGACUUGAAGACCUCACACAUACACAAACACGGGACAACUGUGCCUAACUCAAGAGCAAGACCACUGCAAUCAGCAGACACAGCGAGAUGCGCUGCAAAAGCCUCUCCUCCAUCCUGCGGAUUGUGGGGACCACUUUGUUUGGCCUGGCUCUUUUGGUGGGUAUCGCAGCUGCUUAUAUCGUAGGUUAUCAGUUCAUAGCCACGGACAAUUACUACUUUUCCUUCGGACUAUACGGAGCUAUCUUAGCCCUUCAUCUCCUUAUUCAAAGCCUCUUCGCUUUCUUGGAGCACCGGAAGAUGAAGCGGUCGCUGGAAACCCCCAUCAAACUGAACAAGACGGUGGCCCUGUGCAUUGCUGCCUACCAGGAGGACCCCGACUACCUGAGGAAGUGCCUGCUGUCCGUCAAAAGGCUGACCUACCCUGGCAUGAGUGUGAUCAUGGUCAUUGACGGGAACAGCGAGGAUGACCUCUACAUGAUGGAGAUAUUCGGCGAGGUGAUGGGAAGAGAUCGCUCGGCCAGCUACUUGUGGAAGAGCAACUUUCAUGAGCGGGGGCCAGGGGAGAGCGAGGAGUCGCACAGGGAGAGCAUGCAGUACCUCACGGGGCUGAUCAGAUCCAACAAGAGCGUCUGCGUAAUGCAGAAAUGGGGAGGCAAGCGAGAAGUGAUGUACACUGCGUUCAAGGCUCUGGGCCGGACUGUGGAUUAUGUACAAGUGUGCGAUUCAGAUACCAUGUUGGACCCUGCUGCAACGGUGGAGAUGGUGAAGAUCCUGGAAGAGGAUCCAAUGGUUGGCGGCGUUGGUGGUGAUGUCCAGAUUCUCAACAAGUACGACUCGUGGAUUUCCUUCCUCAGUAGUGUCCGGUACUGGAUGGCUUUCAACAUCGAGAGAGCAUGCCAGUCAUACUUUGGUUGUGUGCAGUGCAUCAGUGGUCCCUUGGGCAUGUACAGGAAUGACUUACUGCACCAGUUCAUGGAGGAUUGGUACAACCAGGAGUUCCUGGGCUCACAGUGCAGCUUUGGCGAUGACAGGCACUUGACCAAUCGGGUGCUCAGCCUGGGCUACGCCACAAAAUACACCGCGAGAUCCAAGUGCCUCACUGAAACCCCGACGCAAUACCUGAGGUGGCUGAACCAGCAGACUCGUUGGAGCAAAUCCUACUUCCGGGAAUGGCUGUACAACGCCCUGUGGUUUCACAAGCACCACCUGUGGAUGACGUACGAGGCAGUAAUCACUGGAUUCUUCCCCUUCUUCCUCAUCGCGACCGUCAUCCAGCUGUUUUACCGAGGGAGAAUCUGGAACAUCCUCUUAUUCCUCCUCACUGUCCAGUUGGUGGGCCUCAUCAAGUCGUCUUUCGCCAGCUGCCUGAGAGGCAACAUCGUGAUGGUCUUCAUGUCCCUCUACUCCAUGCUCUACAUGUCCAGCCUGCUUCCCGCCAAGAUGUUUGCCAUAGCCACCAUAAACAAGGCAGGCUGGGGCACCUCAGGAAGGAAGACCAUCGUGGUGAACUUCAUUGGGCUGAUCCCGGUGUCCUUGUGGUUCAGCAUUCUUCUGGGAGGCCUCAUUUACACCAUAUACAAUGAGACGCAGGAACCCUUCUCCCAAUCCGAGCAGACGGUUCUGAUUAUCGGGGCGAUACUCUAUGCCUGUUACUGGGUCCUGCUCUUAACCCUCUACAUUGUCUUAAUCACCAAGUGCUGCAGGCGAAGGAAAGAGCAGAAUUAUGACAUGGUACUCGAUGUAUGAUGUUUACAUGUGCACGUGGCAAGUGAAAGACUCCAGGAUUGGGUGGCGUUAUCAGGCAACGCUGCCUGUGGGAUAUGAAUCGUUGCUGCUUCAACUUCCAAGAAAUGCAAUAGGGUUCACGCGGCUCAUGCCAAAGAAACUAAAGUACGUGAGAUUUACACACAAUUCACGCUGAAGUAACUAAUCUGUGUGGAACUAUUUAC